UUUCAUGGUUGUGGAUUUUAUCUGGAGUGUUGAUUAUUUGUCGAGGUGGCGAUGGACGUUACACAGAGGGGCUCAAUGUCAACUUGGGAGAGGCCCUGCAAUUUCUGCGGGAGUACGACCGAGAGGCCUCAAGUGUCUGCACGAGGACGAUGAUGACGCAGUGGAACUUCGCGACGAACAUCACGGACUACAACAGACGGAAAAUGUUGGAGGAACAAACGUUGAAACUGAAGUUCGAGAGGUCCUCGUGGAAAAAGGCGGUCAGUUUCGCCUGGACGAGGAUCCCCGACCCAUUGGCUAGGAGGCAGCUAAAAAUUAUCGCGGUCAAGGGAAGAAAUUCAUUGACCGAAGAUAAAUUUAAUGAAAUCCAUCACUUGAUCGUGGAGAUGAAAGAAUCCUACACCAGGGCGCGAUUAUGCCCGUACAAAAAAAUGGGAACAGCUUGCGAUCUUGACAUGGAGCACGACGUAAACAGAAUAAUGGCGAAGUCGAGGGACUACGAGGAACUCCUGCACUACUGGAGAGCGUGGCAAGAGGCGGUGGGUCCUCCCCUGAAGAACAAGUACAUGAGAUACGUGCAGCUGGCGAACCAAGCGGCCAGGCUGAACGGUUUCUCGGACGCCGGGGACCAGAUGCGAGAGGCCUACGAGGACGAUUACUUCCAGCAGAACAUCGCGGAAGUGGUCUCUGCAAUCACUCCCCUGUACAAGCAUCUCUUCACGUACGUCAGGACGAAGCUAAUUGAGAGAUACGGAGAUAAAGUGAGGGCUGAUGGUCCUCUCCCCGCGCACUUGCUGGGGAACAUGUGGGCGCAGAAUUGGGAGGGGAUCUACGAUCUCGUCGAGCCGUUCCCUGCUGCCCGGCGAUUCGACGUUACUCUUGACAUGAUCAUCCAGGGAUUCACGCCGUUAAGAAUGUUCCAAAUGUCUGAAGAAUUUUUUACAUCCCUCGGAAUGAAGCCAAUGCCCCCAGAGUUCUGGAGAUAUUCCAUGUUUGAGAAGCCGAUUGAUCGAGAAGUGAAAUGUACAGCGAGUGCUUGGGAUUUUUGCAAUCGCAUUGAUUACAGAAUAAAACAGUGUACAAGAGUUACAAUGGAAGAUCUGCUGUCAACCCACCAUGAAAUGGCGCACAUUGAGUAUUACCUUCAGUACAAAGACCAACCCCUUAUAUUUCGAAACGAAGCCCUGCCUGGAUUUCACGAGGCUGUCAGUGAUGCAAUGGAACUCUCCGUGAUGAAUCCGAGGCAUUUGCAGAGGAUCGGCCUCUACAAUAAUUCUACAGAGGAUUACGAGAGCAAUAUCAACUUCCUGAUGCUCAUGGCUUUACGGAAAGUUGUGUAUCUGCCGUUUGCUUAUAUCGUUGAUCAGUGGCGAUGGCGAGUAUUCAGUGACGGAGUUGCAGAUAUGACUACGCGUUGGUGGGAGCUGCGGCUCCAAUACCAGGGGAUUGUACCUCCCAUUGCGAGAAUCGAGAGGGAUUUCGAUCCUGCGUCGAAAUAUCACGUCCCGGCUGACAUUCCUUACGUCAAGUAUUUCGUUGGAACAGUGAUGCAGUACCAACUGUACGAAACCCUGUGUGAUAUUUCUGGACACAAAGGGGACCUGCACUCCUGCGAUCUUUACCGAUCCAGAGAGGCCGGAAGACUAUUGUCGGACGUUUUGUCACAAGGUUCUUCAAGGCCUUGGCAAGACAUCGUGAGGGAAAUGACUCGUGGGAGGACAAACAGAAUCGAUGCUUCUGCGUUAAUGAGAUACUUCGAUCCACUUUAUAAAUGGCUGCAGCGACAGAAUGUCAUGGAACCGGUGAUUGGGUGGAUCACGAGUCAGGAUGAUACAGCUCUCUUCGCCCAUUGGUAUGGAAACUCUGGAGAAAACAUCUCUUGUCAUCACUAUCUUCUCCUUAUUUUCAUCUCAAUUUUCCUCAUGACUCGAUAAGAGACGAAGAGAAUUAAACCUCUGGGAAAGCUUUGUACAUAUGAAGUUGGAAUUAAUUAUUGUACAUAAGAUCUACGAAAAUAUUUAUUGUCAUAGCUAUUAACAAACCAGUUCUUGAGAUUUUCUAGCGUAACAAUUUUCGUAGCGAUUUCUAGUGAAUUCCUCUGUAGGAAUAACCGAAAAGAAAUAGAAGAGUUGUUUCCAUACUUUUGUAUCUGAAUCUUAAUAAAGACAUUGAGUUUG